GAGGAGUAGCGGGGAAUGGAAAAACAACACUGGUUCAGUCGGACGACCACACAUCUUUGUGCUGCGUGCCGGCGGCGUGGAGCAGACAAGACGCUAGUCGAACACGAGGAUAAGCUCCUGCAGCCAGUGGUUGGUUGGUUGGUUUCCUCGCCCGUGCCGUGCGCAGCUGAAGCCGAUGGAAUGAGGCUCGCCGCAGCCAAGCCUGCCGCCAUCACCGUCGCCCAGCGGCAGCCGAUCCCCAUCCCCACAUGCAGCUCCAGCCGCAAUCAGGCCAAGAAGAGCCGCCGUAGCGCAUGGAGGGUCGCAGUGGCAAGCCGCGACGCCGCCGACGGCGACGCAGAGGCGGGCGCGGGCCAGGGCCAGGGCCAGGCACCGACGGGACGGCGGGCCCGGCUGUCGGCGAGGCGGCGGCAGCGCGUGCCGCUGCCGGACGGCGUCUCCGGCGCCGGCGUCGGCGAGUUCCUGCGCCACCCGGACGCCGUCGAGUCCAUCCUCAACACCGGCGCGCUCGAGAGCUUCGCGCCCGCGGGGCCCGGCACCUUCACCUGCGCGCUGCGCCGCGUCGGGCUCCUCGGCUUCGAGGUCGCCCCGGUGCUGGACCUCCGCGUCGCCCCGACCAGCACCGACUGCACCAUCGAGAUGCUGUCGUGCAGGUUCGAGGGAUCAGAGGUGCUUGAGCAGCAGAAUGAACUCUUCUCAGCAUUCAUGAGUAACCAUAUAACGUGGAGCGACGACGCCGAGGAGCCCUGCCUAGACAUCCAUGUCAAACUGGAGGUCACUCUGGAGGUCUACACCAAGCCAUUCAGCAUGCUUCCGUUGUCAGCAGUGGAGAAGCCAGGUAACCUGUUGAUGCAAGGCCUGCUGGACAGGCUCGUUCCCGUGCUGGGAGAGCAGUUGCUGAGGGACUACCAUUCCUGGGCUCAGGCUCAGCAGCAGCAUGAAUCGUCUUGAUGAGAUUGGAGGUCAAGGGAAGGAGGAGAGAUUGGUCGCUCAUGUAUCUACGCCACUACAAGUAUCCAAGGAUUUAGCGAAUCCAGAUAUACAAGGACUCGUAAAUCAAGACGCUUGUUUUUUUUGGGGUGCACCAACUGGCCAUCGUCAGUCUGUGCUUUUGUCCUGUGUCCAAUACUCCAUCAGUAAACAAAAAUUCUACUGUUUUUACUUCGUCAA